GUCUUUACAGGUUCUAUUUAAACUUAUUAACUCCCAACGCCAAUAGACCUACCCACUUCUCUCUCUCUCUCUUUGAAUCAUCAAACCCACAGAAAGCAAGGGAGUGAGAAAAGUGAAAAGAAAAUGCAGACACCACAAACACUUAUGGGUCUUCCUCUGUUCAUGUUCAUCAUCUUCUUCCUCUCAUCCUUGAAUGUCUCUUGGGCCGGAAGAACCACCCAGAAUUCCAUCGGAGAAGAAAAUCCAUUCACUGCCAAAGCUUCUUUGAUCCGUUACUGGAACAAGAAGAUCAGCAACAACUUAACCAAACCAUCGUUUCUUCUCUCCAAGGCAUCUCCUUUAAACGCCGUGGAGUCAUCCUACCUCACCAAACUUGCCGGAGACAUCAUUGCUCUCUCCUCUCACCUCCAAUCCUUCUGCUCGUCAGCCAACCUAUUCUGUUUCCCUGACUUGAUAGCCACUUUAGAGAAGCAUUCCUCCUCUGUAAACUUUGCUUGUUAUUUAGAUAAAAAUUUCACCAACUAUGGAACAUCACAACUGGGAGGAACUGAUUCUUUCAAGAACUACUCUGACAAUGUAAAUCUGCCAGUCAAUUCAUUCAGGAGAUACAGUCGAGAUUCCAAUAAACACAACGACAAGUUCGCAAAUUACGGGCCUAGCGGCAACGUAGUUGAUCAAAGCUUCAGUAGUUAUGGCGACGGCGCCAUUGCUGGGUCUGGCGAAUUCAAGAAUUACAACGAAUUAGUCAAUGUUCCCGAUCUCCGCUUCACUUCUUAUGAAACAGAGGCUACUGGUCGGAAACAGAGUUUCUCCACUUAUACUGAAGAAACGAACUCAGGGAGCGAGACUUUCGUAAACUAUGGCAAGAAGGGUAAUGGCGUACCAACUGACUUCUCCAAUUACGGGAAUGGAUCAAAUGUUAUAGGGUCGAGCUUCAAUUCCUAUGGCGAUUCUGGUAAUACCGCAAACGAUUCAUUCACGUCGUACGCCUUCAACAGUAACAACCCAACUAACGAUUUCAGAAACUACGGCGAAAAUGGGAACGCUGGGACGGAUAAGUUCAGCAGUUACAGAGAUCAAGCAAACGUUGGGGCCGAUUCAUUUCAAUCCUACGCGAAGGGCUCGAACUCUGCUAAAGUGGAAUUUGCCAAUUACGGUAACACUUUCAAUGAAGGAACCGAUAAAUUCAAAGGCUACGGAAAGGGAUCGAUAGGUGACUCAGUUGGAUUCAAGAUUUACGGAGUGAACAAUACUUUCUCGGAUUACAGCAAAAUCGGAAUCGUCUUCUCCAAAUACAAGAACCAGAACCCACAAUCAAACUCAAAAUCAGCUCAAGCAACGAAGAACAGGUGGGUAGAACCAGGGAAAUUUUUCCGCGAAUCGAUGCUGAAACAAGGGACUUUAAUGGCGAUGCCUGACAUCAAAGACAAGAUGCCGAAGAGAUCUUUCUUGCCUCGUUCCAUCGCAUCAAAACUACCAUUCUCGACUUCCCAAAUUUCCGAACUGAAACAGAUCUUCCACGCGGCGGAGAACUCAAGCAUGGAGAAGAUCCUUCAGAACACGCUCCAGGAAUGCGAGAGGGAACCGAGCCGAGGCGAGACCAAGAGGUGCGUGGGCUCAGUGGAGGACAUGAUCGACUUCACCGUUUCAGUGUUGGGUAAGGACGUAGUGGUUCGAAGUACGGAAAGCGUAAAGGGGUCAAAGAUGGAUGUGAUGAUCGGGACGGUCAAAGGAAUCAACGGUGGGAGAAUCACCAAGUCGGUUUCUUGUCAUCAGAGCUUGUUUCCUUACUUGGUUUAUUACUGCCAUUCGGUUCCGAAGGUUAGGGUUUACGAGGCGGAUAUCUUAGAUGCCAAAACAAAGGUCAAGAUUAACCAUGGAGUUGCUAUCUGUCAUAUUGACACGUCGGCAUGGAGCCCAACUCAUGGGGCUUUUCUGGCCUUGGGCUCUGCUCCUGGACGAAUUGAGGUGUGUCAUUGGAUCUUCGAGAAUGACAUGACUUGGGCUACCUCUGACUGAUCUUUCUAUUCCUGUUUCAUCUUCUUUUCUCUUCUGUUCUGUCAUUUUCUAUGAUUUUAGUGCCAAAAAAGAACCGGAGUAAUGGGGCCAAGGUCUGGAUCCUGUUUGGAUGUUAGUGUUUGUUUGUUUGGUAUUUAGAAAAUUAAAACCGAACUGGAAGAGAAAUCUUGGGAGUUUCUAAUUCCAGCCUUGUUUGUCCCUUUUUUUCUUAUUUUUUUGGAAUAAGAAGAAGAAGAACGUGGGAAUCUUUUAGUUCGAAGUUCAAA